GAGGGAGUACACAGAAGCAGCAUCUCAUACCCAACAUAAAACAAUGUCCCACAAAGAUGUCAAUCAAUCUGACAGCUACUUAAAAAAACACAAGGGAGUAAUUUAUUUGUCACGUUUGACAACACCUGAAUGCAUAGAUUCUUUGGAGAACCUUGAAAUCAGAGACAGUGAUUUGUUUUUGGUGACUUUUCCCAAGUCAGGAACCGUUUGGUCACAGCAAAUCGUUAGUCUAAUUCUCAAUGAAGGUCACCGCAAGGGAACAGAAGAUAUUGAUAACAUGGUCAGAGCUCCAUGGAUUGAAUAUAAUAUAUAUAAUAUUGAUUUUAAUACCCGUCCUGAUCCUCGACUUUUUACUUCACACCUUCCUCAUUACUUAAUGCCAAAGGAUCUGAGGAACAUGAGAGGCAAAAUUAUCUAUGUGUACAGGAAUCCAAAAGAUGUUUUGGUGUCUUUUUACCAUUUCCAAAAAAUACUGGUGUUGUCAGAACACCCAGAAAGUUGGGAACAUUGCAUGGAUCUCUUUAUGUCUGGUGAAGUGCUUGGUGGUUCUUGGUUUGAUCAUAUCAGGGACUGGUAUACCAACAAGAAGGAUUAUAACAUACUUUUUUUGGCAUAUGAAGAAAUGAAAAAAGAUCUCCGAUCUGCAAUAAUGAAAAUAUGCAGCUUUUUGGACAAGAAACUCGAUGAUGAAGAAGUGGACAUCAUUGUGAAAAAAUCAACAUUUGAAAAUAUGAAAGAUGAUCCACUGGCAAACUAUACAUUUUUAUCAGAAGAUAUUUGUGACAGAAGCAAAGGAAGUUUUCUUCGCAAAGGUACCAUUGGGGACUGGAAACAUUUUAUGACAGUGGCACAGAGUGAGAUGUUUGAUCGGGUGCUUCAAGAAAGAAUGAAAGAUCUGCCCAUCAAGUUUAUUUGGGAUAUUAAUGAAGAAAACUGAAUUCUGAUGCUAAUAAUCAUCUAAGUGUCCACUAGUGGCUACCAACAAACCAUUAAUAAACUAAUCACGUUAAUUCACUACCCACCAUAGCAAGAAAAGGGUAAAAUAAAUUUAACUUCCAAACUCUAUAAUAAAUAUAUUUGAACUUUA